CAGAGCAAAAUGAAGUUCUUUGUGCUGCUUUCAGCCCUUGGGCUCUGUUGGGCUCAGUAUUCCCCAAACACUCAACAGGGAAGGACCUCUAUGGUCCACUUGUUUGAGUGGCGCUGGGUUGAUAUUGCUCAGGAAUGUGAGCGAUACUUAGCUCCCAAUGGAUUUGGAGGAGUUCAGAUCUCACCACCCAAUGAAAAUAUUGUUGUUAACAACCCUUCAAGACCUUGGUGGGAAAGAUACCAACCAAUUAGCUAUAAAAUAUGCACAAGAUCUGGAAAUGAAGAUGAGUUCAGAGACAUGGUGUCUAGGUGUAACAAUGUUGGUGUCCGAAUUUAUGUGGAUGCUGUAAUUAAUCAUAUGUGUGGUGAAGGGGGAGGUGCAGGAACAAGCAGUACUUGUGGAAGUUACUUCAAUGCUGGAAAUAGGGAGUUUCCAGCAGUCCCAUACUCUGGUUGGGAUUUUAAUGAUGGUAAAUGUAAAACCUCAAGUGGCGGCAUUGAGAGCUAUAAUGAUGCUUAUCAGGUCAGAGAUUGUCGUCUGGAUGGUCUUCUUGAUCUUGCCCUGGAGAAAGAUUAUGUGCGCACCCAAAUUGCCAAUUAUAUGAACCAUCUCAUUGAUAUUGGUGUAGCAGGGUUCAGACUGGAUGCUUCUAAGCACAUGUGGCCUGGAGACAUAAAGGCAAUUUUGGAUAAACUACAUAAUCUAAACACAAACUGGUUCCCUGGAGGAAGCAGGCCUUUCAUUUUCCAGGAGGUGAUUGAUCUGGGUGGUGAGGCAAUUACAAGUAGUGAGUACUUUGGAAAUGGCCGUGUGACAGAAUUCAAGUAUGGUGCAAAACUGGGCACAGUUAUUCGCAGGUGGAAUGGAGAGAAAAUGGCUUACUUAAAGAACUGGGGAGAAGGUUGGGGUUUCAUGCCCUCAGACAGAGCUCUAGUCUUUGUGGAUAACCAUGACAACCAACGAGGACAUGGAGCUGGAGGAUCAUCCAUUCUUACCUUCUGGGAUGCAAGGCUGUAUAAAAUGGCAGUUGGAUUUAUGCUUGCUCAUCCUUAUGGAUUUACACGAGUAAUGUCAAGCUACCGUUGGCCAAGAUAUUUUGUGAAUGGACAAGAUGUUAAUGAUUGGGUUGGACCACCAAAUAAUAAUGGAGUGACUAAAGAAGUAACUAUUAAUCCAGACACUACUUGUGGCAAUGACUGGGUCUGUGAACAUCGAUGGCGCCAAAUAAGAAACAUGGUUAUUUUCCGAAAUGUGGUUGAUGGCCAGCCUUUUCAAAACUGGUGGGAUAAUGGUAGCAACCAAGUGGCUUUUGGAAGAGGAAACAAAGGAUUCAUUGUCUUUAAUAAUGAUGACUGGUCAUUGUCAACAACUUUGCAAACUGGUCUUCCUGGUGGCACAUAUUGUGAUGUCAUUUCUGGAGAUAAAAUUAAUGGAGAUUGCACAGGAAUUAAAGUCUAUGUUUCCAGUGAUGGCAAGGCUCAGUUUUCUAUUAGUACCUCUGCUGAAGACCCAUUCAUUGCAAUUCAUGCUGAUUCAAAGUUGUAAAAUUUAAAUUAAA